CAGAUAUCAUGAAGAGUUGUAAGGUUGGAGGAGAUAGGGAGGGGCAACGCUUUGUAGGGAUUUGAAAACAAAGUUUGAGUCAUGGCUGUGGUUGUGGAUAUUGGAACUGGGAUGACCAAGGUCGGGAUUGCAGCGGAUCAAUAUCCCAGAGCAGUGUUUCCAUCUGUAGUGGGAAUGCAUCAGGAUGCUAACCUCAGAGCAGACCUGAAUAAUUACUGUGUUGGGAAAGAAGCCAGGGACAGGCCAGACAUUUGGAUCUCCAAAUACCCAAUCAAACAUGGGAUUGUGACCAACUGGGAUGACAUGGAAAAGAUUUGGCAACACAUCUUCAACAAUGAGUUGCAAGUUGCUCCAGAAGAACAUUCCAUUCUCUUCACAGAAGCACCUCUCAACCCCAAAGCUAACAAAGAGAAGAUGACCCAGAUGAUGUUUGAGAGUUUUGACGUACCACGCGUUUUUGCUACUGUUCCUAGCUUACUCUCCAUAUAUGGAAUGGGCCGCCUCAGAGGCCUUGUACUGGACAGUGGUGAGGGCGUGACCUCUGCUAUGUCAGUCAAUGAUGGCUAUACCAUACCUGAUAGCAUUCGACGUCUAAACUUCGCUGGCAGAGAGCUAAAUGACAACUUAAUGGAGAGUUUGAUUCAGCGUGGCUGCCACUUCAGCACGGCUGCUGAGAGAUUGCUUGCCGAAAAUAUCAAAGAGAAGCUUUGCUAUGUGGCCCUUGAUUAUGACCAGGAGAUGUCAAAGGCUACCACUACUUCCACUCUAGACAAAAGCUAUGAACUUCCAGAUGGUCAAAUCCUUACCAUCAAUAAGGAGUGUUUCCAAUGUCCAGAAGCUCUAUUCCAACCUUCCUUUUUGGGAAUACCAUCAGCUGGGGUCCACAAGAUUGUCAAUGACAGCAUCGAGGCAUGUGAACAUUCUAUCAGGAGUGAUCUCUAUGCAAAUAUUAUUCUGGCUGGUGGAUCUACCAUGUUUCCAGGCAUUGUUGAUCGAAUGCAGAAAGAAAUCACAGUCUUGUCUCCAAAGACAACAAAGAUUAGAAUUAUUACUUCGUCUGAAAGGAAGUAUUUGAGCUGGAUUGGUGGCUCAAUCUUAGCUUCCCUCUCUGCUUUCCAGGAAAUGUGUACCACCAAGCAGGAGUAUGAUGAAUUUGGACUCUCCGUUAUCCAUCGCAAAUGCUUUUAAGUGUUAUGGUUAAGGGCUGGGGGGGGCGCAAGAUAUUCAAAAUAUGCUGAAUGAUGUUAUUCUCUUUAAUUUACGAUUGAUAUCAUGAUGAUGGUGACAGUGACACUAAUUGUAUUUCUGAGUUUCCAUGCCUUGGUCUCAUUUCAUCUACUUCUGGUAAUUUAAAAAAAUAAUAUAUUUGAUUUGAGUGCAACAGGCAGAUGAAUGAUGUUUUGUUGUCUGGUCAGUGACUAAAAUUACAAGGGGGCCAAUUUCACCAAACAAUGUGUGGCAAUCACAUAGGAUCAUGGAAGCUGACAGUAAGCGAGUUAUUUGGCCUGUAAAUGUCUUUGGCAGCUUUUUGAAAGAGCUAUUCAAUUUAAUUCACAGCCUAGAUUUUUCCUUUUGACAUUACAAGUUAUUCCUUUCGAGUACAUUAUCAACUGUCUUCUAGAAGCUCCUGUGGAAUUUGAUUAUAAGGAGUGUGUUCUUGAUUUUUAACAAACCUUUACGGUGAAGAAAUUACUGCUCACUUCCCUUUAGCCUCUUUUUGUGAAUUUAGUUUAGAUUUAUGAUCUCUGGUUACCAAACCAACUAUGAGGAAAAGCAUUUAGGCCCCAAUUGCCCUACACUCUACCUCUAAUUAGCCUUUUUAAAAGUUUAUAUUCAAAAAGCCAAGUAUUUCAUA